GGCUCAAAGUCUGAUAGGUUUUCGGCUAGACAGUUAGUGAGUGUGAGAGUGUUUACAGUUUUUCAUCAGGUCACUCUCUCCGCCCCACUUCCACACUCUCUGCCAGCAGUGGGGGAGUCUGCAUGGUUAGUGAAGUAUUAUUGGGGAGGGAAGUCCAAAUAUAUUAUAAAGAACUUGAUGUGUUUUGUUUAUGCCAGCUGUCUUCUAUCGAAAUGUAAUCUGCAUAUGUCAACCAAAGAAAGAGCUUGAUCAUGUUACGAACAACCCUCCUGACAUGUUGCCUGAUGCUAGUGACGUCACAGCAUGUCUUUAUCAAUGAGGUGCCAAACGACGAGUCUAUCAAACCCAAACCAAUGCUGUACCCUAGAGAAUCGCUAAGCAGGGAAAUCAAAGAUCUAAACGGACUAUGGAAUUUCCGAGCCGACGUCUCUCCAUCUAGGAAUGAAGGAUUUGUUGAGAAAUGGUUUGAGGCGCCCCUUGCUAAGACAGGUGCUGUGAUCGACAUGCCUGUACCGUCAAGCUUCAACGAUGUGACCCAGAGUAGAACCCUGAGGGACUUUGUCGGAUGGGUUUGGUACGAUCGGGAAUUCUACCCUCCAGCGGGAUGGAAAUCUCCCAAUGUGAGAGUUGUGCUACGGUUUGCUAGCGCUCAUUACAAUACUGUUGUGUGGUUGAAUGGAAUGUCUGUUAUGACACAUGAAGGUGGCCAUCUACCAUUUGAAGCUGACAUUACUGAUAGCAUUGUAUACAAGCAAGCUAACAGGAUUACAGUUGCAUUGAACAACACCCUAACUCCAACGACAUUACCACCUGGCAGCAUAACAUUUCAAACAGAUACUAAGAAUUAUCCGCCGGGUUAUUUCGUUCAAAAUGUUCAGUUUGACUUCUUUAACUACGCUGGUAUCCAUCGCUCAGUACAACUCUAUACGACUCCAUCAGUUUACAUCAGCGAUAUAACAGUUACCACUGACAUCAACGGUGACUCUGGUGUCGUGAAUUACAAGAUUUUAUACGGUGGGACACUUAAAGAAAGUUUAAAAUCCACCGUUGUACUUCAAGAUGCACAGGGAGAAACUGUAGCUGAAUCUAAUAGCCUGGCAGGCAAAUUUACCAUCACCAAUGCCCAUCUGUGGUGGCCAUACACAAUGAGUGAACAGCCAGGUUACCUCUACACUCUCAAAGUAUUCAUUAGCUGUGCAUCCAGCUAUGAUGAGUACCACUUACCAGUUGGUAUCCGCACUGUCUCAACAACCAACAAACAGUUCUUCAUUAACGAGAAGCCAUUUUACUUCCAUGGAGUUGGGAAACAUGAAGAUGCAGAUAUUAGAGGGAAAGGAUUGGACCUUCCACUGAUUGUCAAAGAUAUCAACCUGAUGAAGUGGCUGGGUGCCAACGCGGUGCGUACCAGUCAUUACCCUUACUCAGAGGAGUUUAUGGAUCAAUGUGAUCGCCAUGGAAUAGUGGUUAUUGACGAGAGUCCAGGUGUAGGAAUUACAAAAGCCAGCAAUAUGGGGAACGUGUCCCUCACUCAUCACCUCUCAGUCAUGAUGGAGUUGUAUCAACGAGACAAGAAUCGUCCGUCUGUCGUCAUGUGGUCAGUGGCUAACGAACCGGCUUCAACCAUACCACAAGCAGUAUUCUAUUUUGGGAGCGUGAUUAACUUCACUAGAAGCUUGGAUCCAACUAGAAUGGUCACCUUUGUAAUGGGAGGUGGUAGUACUCCUCCGACCGAAGAAAAAGUGGCGCAGUGGUGCGAUGUGUUGUGUCUCAAUAAUUACUUCUCUUGGUACAGCGAUUCGGGACAUCUUGAAGUCAUUGAGUUACAAUCCAACUCAUCUUUCUGGGAGUGGCAUCUCUUGUUUAAUAAGACCAUUAUGCAGACCGAGUACGGAGCCGAUACAAUACCAGGUCUUCACAUGGAUCCAUCUCAGAUGUUUACUGAGGAGUACCAGUGUGAUAUGUUGGCCGGUUACCACAAAACCUUCGACAAUCUAAGACAUAACUUCCUUACUGGAGAACUCAUUUGGAACUUUGCUGAUUUCAUGACAGAGCAAUCGGUUAAAAGAGUUGUCGGCAACAAAAAAGGAAUCUUUACAAGACAACGUCAGCCAAAAGCAGCAGCCCAUCUGCUGAGGAGGCGAUAUCAACAACUCUCUGAAAAUACAGUGAAAUAUUGAAGAGAUCUUUAACUGGUAACGUCAACCGAAUGUUGAAUUCAUCUAUUGAGGAACGUUGUCAACACAUCUCUACUAAUAUUGCGAAAUAUUGAGGUGGUCUUCACCAGGUAACAUCAACCGAAUGUUGAAUCCAUCUAUUGAGGAACUUUGUCAACAACUCUCUACUAAUACUGUGAAAUAUUGAGGUGGUCUUCACCAGGUAACGUCAACUGAAUGUUGAAUCCAUCUGUUGAGGAACGUUGUCAACCACUCUCUACUCGUACUGUGAGAUAUUGAGGGGGUCUUCACCAGGUAACGUCAACUGAAUGUUGAAUCCAUCUAUUGAGGAAUGUUGUCAACAACUCUCUACCAAUACUGUGAGAUAUUGAGGUGGUCUUCACCAGGUAACGUCAACCGAAUGUUGAAUCCAUCUUUUGAGGAACGUUGUCAAGGACUCUCUACUAAUACUGGAAAUAUUGAUGAGGUGAUCUUUAACUGGUAACGUCGACCGAAUGUUGAAUGUUUCUAUUGAGGAACUUGUUAACAACUCUCUACUAAUACUGUGAAAUAUUGAGGUGGUCAUCACCCUGGCCCUAUUUCGUAGAGCAGCCUAAGCAACAAAUACUGCUUAACAAUUUUCUCUUAAGCAGAAAUGAGCAGGAUACCAGUCACAAAUUUCACUUGUGACAUGGUAG